GUGAAACUUUACCGAUUUGAAAUCUGACUCAGUUUGACAACGACAUCAUAGAUGGCGCAAGGAAACAAAUUCUGGCGCACUUUUUCAAAUUUUUAAAUUAAAAUAUACUUUUUUCAUAUCAGUGAUAAAUAAGCAUUUGAAAAAAUGAUAAUUUUAGUUGGUUACAUGCCGCAACUAUAAAUACAUUGUUUUUGUACAAAUAAUUGGUUACCAGGGCUAAUAAAAAAGUAAGUUUUGUCGAUAUUCGCUCAGCAACUGUUGAAAAUGGACGAACUAAAAGACCGUAGCAUUCAUCACACAACUAUAAAAAUAUGCGACGAUUUGCGAAAUUCAAAUCAAUACCAAAAUUUAUACGAGGACAUACAGAAAUUAGUUUCCACUUCCUCGGUUCGCUUGGACGAUUUCAAAAGCACCCUCUUGCGAGCAAUGCAAGAAACAGGUUUAGAAGCUGACCUGAGAAAUAAAAUAUACCGAUGGGUCAAGACCAAGAAAAAAGAGUCAAACCCUUACGAUGCGUUUUUUAGAAAGGCCCAAAUCCAUUGGGACAAAAGAAUCCACAAGUCCCUAAACUCGAUGAGCAGCGAAUUGGGCAUCAGCCUCGCCAAGUCGAGAGGCAACAGCGAAAAAGAAGAACUGUUGAGCAAAUGGAACGAACUGAGCAAUUUUGAGACAGACAUUCACAAAUACAGGCCUGUAUACGCACCCAAAGACUUUUUGGAGGUCCUGUUGGCGCUCAAAGGACCCUCGAAGGAACGCGACUGUCACAAGUGGGAGUUUGCGCAGUUGCCUUUAAAAGUCAAAAACUUAUCAGAACUGCGCAACGUCUACGUGGAAAUUUCCAGAGGCGAUCAGAUUUUGAACAGCAACAGUUUGUCGAAUAAUAAUCAGAAUUUCGCUAUUUUCGAGGCCGAGCGGGUGGCUUUGGGCGAGAAAAUUCUGGCUAAAAAUUACGCGCCGUUGGCGCAAGAGUACUUGAAAAGGGGUUGUCCUAAGGGUCUGAGGGCGAGAUUGUGGACUUUGUUAUUGGGAGCCGAAGUCAAAUCUCCGCAAAUCAAUUACUUUGAGACACUAAAACACAAUGUUCUGCAUUACGAUCUCAUGAUUGACAAGCUGAUAAUCAAGGAUAUCAAUUUGACUGCUUCGAAUGACGAUCAGUAUUUUGUUUUCGAAGAUGUUCUAUAUCAGGUAAUGUUAUGUUUUUCAAGAGACUCAGAGAUUUUAAAACAAUUACCGAAUCAACCCGCCUUUAUGCAAGUAGUCCUCAAAGGCAGACCUAAUACCACGGAAAAUACCCUGGUUUUCCCGCCAAGUGGCGUAAUACCUUUCCAUGGCUUCACCAUGUACGCCGCUCCAUUUUGCUACCUCUUCAACAACUCGACCGAGCUCUAUUUCGUAUUCAGAGCUUUUUACUUGAGGUACUGGCACCGACUGCACAGAGUCUGCGCCAGCUCUCAAGGCAUCGUCGCCCUCUGUCUUCAAUUCGAGAAGCUCUUGCAGUGCUAUGAGCCGAGCUUGUGGAACCACUUUAAAAAAUGCCGAAUACAUCCUCUUAGGGUGGUCAUUAAAUGGAUCAUGCGUGCCUUUAGCGGCCAUCUGCCGCCCGAGCAGCUGCUCGCCUUGUGGGACUCGAUUCUCGCCUACGAUUCGCUGGAAAUCGUGCCCCUAUUGGCCGUUGUGAUUGUGGUUUUUCGUAAGGACAACCUGAUGAAAGUCAACACGCUGGCUAACAUCGAAGCGGUCUUGGCCGAUCUAAGUUCCAUCGCUGUCGUGCCUCUACUACAGAUGGCGUUGAUGAAAGAUGGUACCGCUUAGUAGUUGAAGAUGAUGUUUGGCCACGAUUUUAUUAAAGAUUUUCUACUGAAAAGUGUUUUUUUUUUUUGUUUGUUUGGCAAGAGUGCCUGAUCUUCGUGAUACCUGUCAACGUGUUUAGUCUCUAUUAGGCUUUUGCAAAAUAAUAUUAUAGGUGGAAUUGUGUAACGGAUAGAGAUCGGUAUCGAUAUCGCUAUGACGUUGUCUUCUUCUCUCUUUUUGAAAUCGAUGGGGACGUCGUCAAUAUAGAUAUACAGGGUGUCCC